AUGUCUUUAGAUAUAGAGUCGCCGCCUCCUUUCUCCACCGUGCCUUACCCUCGUGAUCCGGACUUCGUGGAAGUUGGAAGCCUUAUCACUCAAGUCGAUAUCAGAUGCAUAUCACCCGCAGCGAGUCCAGUGUUGCUUCUUGGAGAAGGCGGAACAGGGUUCGUCGAGACUCUCGUGGACGGAAAGUCACACCUAGCCAUCGAGUAUUCAUACCGAGUCCGAGAGAGGGAACCCGAUACAUGGGUUUUGUGGAUCGACUCGGGUAGCACAGCUCGCUUCCAGCAAAGUUGCGCCAAUGUUACCGCACGUGUCAAGGCUCCUGGGUACAGGAAUCUCGAAGAUGACAAAUUUGGAGUCUUGUGUAGUUGGUUGAAGGAGAGGCCUCAGCGUAAAUGGAUAAUGGUCUUAGAUCACGUCGAUAUCCGGUUAUUCAACAAGACGGGCCUUAACGGACCUUCUUCCAUACUCGAGCUGCUUCGGUUGUGCCCCAAUGGAUCGCUUAUUAUGACGACCAGAAAAGCCGACGUCUUGGAGCAAUUCAAGAGACCUUGGGAGCUUGUCUUUGUUCACCGGAUGGAGGUCUCCCCAGCCCAGACCUGGCUGGAGAUAAAGCUAGGGCGGCGUGAAACGGACCCCGAGAAAGUCGGCAUGGUUCUUGAAGAGUUGACAUUCCUGCAGCUUGGAAUUAUGGUCGCCGCUGCCUAUAUCAACUACCGAGGCGUGAAUUACUCGGUAGAGCAGUAUGUCGAUGAUUUGUGCAACGGCGAGUUCAGUGCGCUUACCCUUGCUGGUCAUGUUGAACCCCAUUUGAACAUGAGGGAGUCGUUAUUCACCCCAUGUCAAUUGUCAAUCGAGUAUCUUCUCGACGUCAGACCAUCAGCCGUAGAUGUUCUGUUUCGGGCAAGCUUCUUUGACGAACAAGGCAUUCCCGAAUACCUGCUGCGGAAUCAACCCGAGUAUGAAGAGUGCGCAAAUACGAAUGAGCCUGACUUUUCAGAUGCUUCGUCUUUUACCAUCAUGGAUGGAUUCGAGGAUGAUAUUCAGAUAUUGAAAGAUUUCUGUUUAAUCACCACCGAUAUCACAGGAAAGACACUGAGAAUGCACAGCCUUAUCCAGGACUCGACAAAGAAAUGGCUCAAGGCAAAUGGAGAAUUUGACAAGUGGCAGCAAAUAUUCCUCAACAAAAUGUGCAACGAUUUCCCAGUGCCACACUCGAGCACUUUGGGGACCUGUCAACUUCUUUUCCCCCACGUGCAAAAAGCAAUAGCACACCCUCCAAGCACAUAUUCGAGCGAGUCAUUCACGGAAUGGGUCGCCCUCGUUUACAACGCCUCAACAUUCGCCUGCCAAUGCUGUAAUGUUGAGGCGGCAGAAAAAUUGAUCCAGUUGGCAAUAGAUGAACAAACCGAGCAACUCGGGCCAGAUGACCCCUCCAUACUGGCAACCGAAGACCUGAUGGGCGAGCUCUACUGCUCAGCCCACCAGUGGCAAAGAGCGGAAGCCCUAAGCACAGACGUGGUAGCCAAGAGCAGAAAAAUCCUCGGACACAAACACCCUGAAACUCUACGCCGCCAGGCAAAAUUGAUCCAGCUAUACAGUAAACAGGGACGAUAUCAAGAUGCCGAAGCGGGCUACAUCGAUCUCGUAACAACUUCAAAAUUGGUCUGGGGAUUCCAGCACCCAGAUACCCUCGAAUUAUUGAGCAAACUCGCCGCGGUCCUCGCAAUGCAGGAGAAAUGGGUGGCAGCGGAAAUCGCACUCAAGGAAGCGGUCAAUGGAAGCAUCCAAAGACUCGGGGAAGGUCAUACAGAAACGCUCGAACGGAUGAAGAGCCUGGUAAGAAUCUUCAUGGCGCAGGGGCGAGCUCGGGCUCUCGAGGCGGAGGCACUGCAGAUCCAGGUCGGCGGUUUGUGGUUCCGAGCAUGUUAG